UUGAAUGUUUUGGUUUUGAACGUUAGCAUGAUGCAUUUUAGCUAGGAAUAAUUUAAAAAAAAUGGGUAAAGAAGUUGAUUUUAGGUGUGUUGAAUGCAACGAGAAGGCGACGGAGCUUCACAGGGAUUACAGUAACGGGAUUCUGAAGAUAACGAUAUGUGAGUCCUGUGAAAAACCAGUGGAUAAAUACAUCGAAUAUGACCCAGUUUGUAUUCUUAUUGACGCCAUCUUGUGCAAAACACAGGCUUUUAGACACAUCAUCUUCAACACAAGCUUAAAUAUCCACUGGAAGCUGUGCGUGUUCUGCCUGCUGUGUGAGGCCUACCUCCGGUGGUCCGAGCUGCACGGCUCCGAGCAGAGCAGCGAUCCUGCUGAUAUAAUCCGAUACACCAAGGAGUGGGAGUUUUAUGGCAUGUUUGGAUUGGCUGCCCUUGAGCUGUCAGCGUUCGGCUGCGGUGCGCUCUGGUUCCUUUGGCUGUGGGUCGCUCGUCUGCGCGGUGGCACGGUGGAGUUCGGCCUGCUCCUCAGAGCCCUGCUGCUGUCCUGCUACGGCAAAGUGCUGCUCAUCCCCGUCGUCAUCUGGGAGCACGACUACGCGCCGCUCUGUCUGGGCCUCAUCCGGCUCUUUGUGCUCACCUCCAACUCGCAGGCCAUCCGAGUAAUCCUGAACUGCAGCCGACGUCUGUCCCUGGCGGCGGUUUGUGUCGGCCUGCUGUCAGAAACUCUCACCGCUCAGGCCUGUAAGGACCUUCUAUGGAGCUUCCAGGACGUGUGGACAUCUUUACAAUAAACAGCAG